AUGAUUAAGCGCUUCUACACGAAAUAUCUCAAAAUUUGGAAGUAUGAAUGGGAAGAUAGACAGCAUAAUGUGUCUAAGGCCUCAAUGAAAAUUGAUGGUGUGAAAGAUUUCACUUAUGGAGAAAUGGCUCUUGCUACAAACAAUUUUAACAUCUCCACUCAGGUAGGCCAAGGAGGGUAUGGAAAGGUUUAUAAAGGCAUUCUGGCUAAUGGUACAGUUGUGGCUACACAACGUGCACAAGAGGGAUCCUUACAAGGUGAAAAGGAGUUCUUAGAAGAGAUAGAACUGUUGUCAAGGUUACAUCAUCGAAACCUAGUGUCUUUGAUUGGAUAUUGUGAUGAAGAAGGUGAACAGGAAGUUGCCUCCAUAAAGACCAAAGAUUAUGAAUGCUGUAAGAGCAAGAAAAUUGCAGAUGUCAUACGACAUAUAAAGGCGGAUCCCAUGGUCGCCGAUGUUGUAAAGGUUAUGACUCCACCAUCAUCAUCCUCCAAUGUGAAGCAUCCUUAUGUGUCGAAGGAUUUAUCAGGCAGCAACCUUGAUAGUGGAGUCGUCCCAACCAUCACGCCUAGAUAG